AUGGCCGAAGAAUCUGCAUCCAGCCCGAAAGUCUACGUCGCCCCGAAAGAUGCCAGGAAAUACGUUGAAGCAGUCCUCAAAGGGAAUGGCGUGCCUUCCGAGAAUGCCUCAAUCGUCGCGAGAUGCCUCGUAGCAGCCGAUCUGCGAGGUGUCGACACACAUGGGGUCAAUCGAAUCCCGUCAUACGUUGCACGCAUCCGCCAAGGUGUUCUGGACGCAAAGGCACAGCCGGUUCUUCACGAAACGACACCAGUCGUCGCGCAAGUCGACGGAAUGAAUGCUUUUGGCUUCGUAGCGGCUCAUAUGGGCAUGAAAAAAGCUAUCGACAUGGCCCAAGUUUAUGGCAUCGGCAUGGUCAGUGUCAAGCACAGCAACCACUUCGGCAUGUCCGCAUGGCUUGUGCAGCAGGCCAUCGACGCAGGUAUGAUGAGUCUGGUCUUCACGAACAGCUCGCCGGCGUUGCCUGCUUGGGGAGGCAUGACGAAGCUCAUGGGCGUUAGUCCUAUAGCUUGUGGAGCGCCUGGCGGGAACGAGAAGCCUUUUAUCCUGGACAUGGCUCCAUCGGUCGCGGCUCGUGGCAAGAUCUACAAGGCAAAGCGUCGAGGCGAGAAGAUUCCCAAGGAGUGGGCACUAGAUGCGAAUGGAAGGCCAACUGAUGACCCUGCGUUGGCGUUGGACGGUGUCAUGCUGCCAAUGGGUGGGCCGAAAGGGUCGGCGCUGGCGAUCAUGAUGGAUGUCUUUUCCGGCGUCCUCUCAGGCAGCGCCUUCGCUGGUCAUGUUACCAACCCUUACGAUCCCAGCAGGCCUGCUGAUGUAGGCCAUUUUUUGAUCGCUAUCAAGCCGGAUCUCUUCAUGCCAUUGGAGGACUUUCGUGCACGUAUGGACUACCUUUACAAGCGGGUCAUCGACUCCGACAAGAUGGAAGGCGUCGAUCGAAUCUACUUCCCUGGAGAGAUCGAACAGAUCACCGAAGAGACGCGCCAGCAAGGCGGAAUACCAUACGUGGAAUCUGAGAUAGCGGCGCUCAACGAUGAGGCUGAUCGAGUUGGCACCGCACAUAUCAGGAUCAUGCAGGAAAAUCCCUAG